UCGAUAAACAGCUUUAGUCGAGGCAAACAGAGUUAGUGAAAUUAUGAGUGUGAAUUACGAGCAAAAUGCGGCAGAUGAGCAAUUUGCCCGGGCACACAAAGAAGUUAGUCUGUCGGACGACGAAGAGAGCGAGGGCCCUGGGGAAUCCACAUCCUCCCGAGAACACGGUCCACCUGUUAGUAAACGACCACGGGAGUUUUACGAGGAGCCGGGUGGGAAAGGUGAAGGAAGCGGGGAAGACGAUCAGGAGGAAAAGGAAUCGGAAACUGCGGGAGGAGCGGCCAACACACAUGUAGUAGCUCUCCAUUACAAUGAGCUGAAGGAGGCAGGUCGUAAGGAUCGACAGCAAUCCAAGAUUUACUUCAUGCGCAACUUCAACAACUGGAUUAAAAGCCAGCUGAUCAACGAGUACAUGUCACAAAUUAAGCAGCAAAAACGCAUGGGCGAUGCUCUUAGAGUCCUAGACAUGUGCUGCGGCAAGGGCGGGGACCUUCUUAAGUGGGAGAAGGCGUCCAUUUCUCAUCUCAUUUGCACGGACAUCGCGGAGGUGUCCGUCGAGCAGUGCCAGCGUCGGUAUCAGGAUAUCCUUCAGCGAGCAGAGAAGUCGAAGUUUGCCAAUAAGUUCACCGCUGAGUUUUUUGCCUGCGAUUCCACGCUGGUUCGCUUACGAGAACGUUAUAAGGAUCCCUCGCUUCAGCUUAACCUCGUUUCUUGCCAGUUUGCCUUUCACUAUUGUUUUGAGUCGAUGGCGCAGGCGGAUUGCAUGAUGCGAAAUGCAGCAGAGUGUCUGAAACCAGGCGGCUUCUUUAUAGCCACCAUGCCAGAUGCCUACGAGAUCAUCCGCAGACUAAGGGAAGCUGGUCCAGAUGCCCGGCGAUUCGGAAACGAUGUAUACAGCAUAGAGUUCGACUGCGAAACGGAUCCAUUGCCCCUUUUCGGAGCCAAGUAUCAGUUCCACUUGGAGGGCGUCGUCGAUUGUCCCGAGUUUCUAGUGCAUUUCCCUACACUGGUCAAACUGGGUAGGAAAUACGGUCUUCAACUAUUAAAACGGUCCACAUUUUCGGAUUACUACAAGGAGAGUCUGCACCAUGGUCGACAUCUUCUACAACGAAUGUCCGGCUUACAGUCGGUACAGACACAACGUUGUGAAAAUGAUGAAAAGUUUGCCCAUGUGCGAAACAUCCCGGGAUCACAGCGCGGCCGGACGGUGGGAACCCUCUCCAAAUCAGAGUGGGAAGCAGCAACUCUUUAUUUGGUUUGUGCCUUCAAGAAAUGCAAAAACACCUGGGAUACCAAUGGCAAGCCAUUGUUUGAGUUUGAUGACUGAUUUUUGCCAAAAACUAGCGCGUUAUAGGUUAUUUUUCUAUAUCAAUCCAACAAAAUUCUAAAAAGUAUACUCAAACCAUGAACAGAUUAUCCAGAUACUGAAACGUUUAGCUUUUAAUCGAAUUUUAUAAUAUUAAAGGUGCGUUUGUUUGUGUUCAUAGUUUCAAAUUAAUAUGCGUAAUACAAGUCUAAUUUUAGUUAUCAAAAAACUUGAAUUGUUUAUGUUAAUUUAAAUACAAAAUUAAACAGCAAAUAUAUACACUAGUGAAUUUUAAGUUUUUACCAUUCGAGGCCAAAUAAUUUUUCCUUUUUUAUUUAACACAAACUCCUGGUUUUUAUUCAGUUCUGUGGUUGAGGAACUUUAUAUUUUUGAAGUAAAAAAAGUAAAACUUAUAAUAAUUUUAGGAGAAUAAACUAGAAAAUUUCAAAGACAAUUUUUCAACCUUGUUUUUUAUAUGAAAAUUGUAUAUUAAUUCAUUUCAUAGUUACCAUAUGAGCCUUGUAUAGAAAUAAUCAAAUUUGUAAUAUUUUGGACCAAUAUUUGUGUUCUCACAGCCCGGCUUAUAUCUAUUUUGUUCCUAACAUAUUUACACAACCAAUUUAAAACAAUUUGUGUUUUAAACAUUAAACAAUUUUCUAAAACGACUUGCUGCUGUUAAUUUUAUAAUCAAAAUAAAAAUAUCAAACAUUU